UAGAAACCUACGGUCCUACACAGUCAGUCCAUACUCCAUAGUAGGCAGCCUGCGGUCGUGGAGAGUGGAGCCCCUUCGAAGCCCACCGCAGCGCAGCCUUCUUUCGUCUGUUCUACCCAGUCCCAGUUCCAGCUCCAGCUCGCUCUGCCUGUGACGAGCCCAGCCCAGUCCACUUGGGCAGUUGUUGUUGGUUGGCGCCGGGCGGUUCCUCCCUUUGCUUUCCCGCUUUGGGCCAUCAAGCCGGUCCCUUCACCGUCACGCAUUACGACGACUCGCUCCCAAAAGCCUCUCUUUGGACCUGCCGUUGCCUCCUCCGUCCUACCUUGUGUUACCAACACAGGACCUUGUUGGCCGAGUUGAGGGGAACGGCCCGGACUGCACAAAGAACCCUUGCAGCAGCGGUAAGUCAGUCAGUCGCAGUCAGUCGUCAGUCAGUCAGUCAGUCAGUCACCACAUCCACCGCAUACCACGGCCACGACCACCACCGCCGACGAGUUUUGCCCCUCAGACUUGUCCGAGAAGGCCACCCUCGAACCGGGCUCAAAUCCCUUCCGACCCGACUCGACUCGACUCGUGGUCCUGCACUUCCUACGCUGCAGAACCGGGCCUUGACCCGACCUGGAUUCCCGCCUGCCGCACGCCAAUCUCGUCCUGCAGGAAAAGCACAUCCUCCUCUGCGGCCUCGGUUCUCCAUCAGGCACGUCCUGCCCAAUAAGCGCCCGCCGCCACCAACAGCCCAGCCCUGGGUUGCGCUGAGCUGCGCUGUGUGCUGUGCUGUGCCGCAGUCCGCACCAGCCUGCCAGCCUGACGAGGUGCCAGCACUUCGCGCGGCCGCUCAAGAGGCGACCCCAGGUCCUCAGGUCCCCAGGUCCCCAGCAGGGCCCAGCAGGGGGGACACAAGGUGUGCGUCGUAUCAAAGAAGCCUCCCCGGCCGGGGCAUGCGGCAGCACCAGCAUCAUCGGGAGCACAAGACCGACCGACGAGCACCACCAGCCGACCAAACUCCAAACUCUCUGCAUACCACUUCCUCGACCACUCUCUACCACCCUGACUGACCACCGCUUUCUCGCUCUAAACUUUGCCCACCUCUCCUUCAACUUGCGACCGGCGGCCGAGCUUCGCCCCCCUAGACCGUACGACGCGCGCCUUUGCUUGCGACACGGCGUAGUACCCCGUACCACCAGACACCGCCCGAGCCUCGCAGUCCCGCUUGCUCCUAUUGCUGCACCAAAAGUCCUAGACCACCAUCUCACCAACCACUUUGCGCCCACCUUCCUCUUCCGAACUUUUGCCCCCCGGGCUUUGGCGACGAUUUGCUCGAGCUCUCCCGACUGCAGCUGGCCCCCUGCGACUCAGUGGGCUCCAGCUGCUGAGCUCUUGACCCCCAUCCUGGUCUGGCCACCCUGCCAGGAGGCUGCCAACACUCAUUCCUGGAUACCCCACAUUGCCCGGCUGCAGCAUUGCUUCACAGCCUUGACACGGCGAGGCCGGCCGUCCCUUGCGCAUUCAUGACCGUCCACCCGCGGCCUUCAACUCGCACAACACCGUCCCGUCUGCAGUCGUAAUUCUGGCACUGCGAACAGGAUGGCUGCCUUUGUCCGGGUCACUGGCCCGCCAAACAGCAGUUUCCUCGUUGGCUACCCUGGCAUAUCCGCAACUCUGCCGCGCAUAGAAGGCAAGGUUGAGAUCAGACCAUCACAAGGCUUCUCUAUGCCAGUCGCAGUUUCGUUAGUACGAAUAUGUCUACAACGACGAGAGACUAUACACCCCGCCGCCGAGAACGUCGCGAAACGACAUCUCGGAACUCCGAGGAGGGAAACGAUCGAUGUGGUUGGGAAAGAGCUAUUGCUCUUCAGGUGUCAAGCCGGGAAAGAAGCCGAGAGCGUGAUCGCCAUGGACCUACCUUUUGUGCUUUUCAUACCAUUUGGCCGAGGCGGCGAGGAAACGAAUAGGAGGAUCCCCCCUGCAUCAUUACAAUUACCAUCGAGGACGGCCGAGACACUCUACGAGCUCGUCGUGACCGUGCAACAGGGCGCAAGCACGCAGAACAAGUAUGCGUUCCCCAUACCAUUGCAAAGGUAUGACACGCUAUCGACCUUCGGCAUGUACAACCGGCCCGAGUCAAAAGUGGUCACAGCCGACAAUCUGGUGACCUUGGGAAUAUCGCUGCCAAAAUGGAGCUACGGCCCCUGUGACCCCAUCACCGUCUAUAUAAAGCUUGCGCCAAAUGCGGACUGGGCCAGCAAGGCGAGGAGGGUGACGAUUCAGAAGAUCACCCUGGCGAUCGAGGAGGAGAUAACAUAUAACCCUGAGGGCGACGAACCAACCAAGAAGGUGAACAGGAUCGCCAAACACACGCAGCCAGUCCAAGCAAAACUACCAGAAGCCGGCUAUGUUACAAACCUAGGCCUAGUGUUUCCGUCAAAAGACUUGAGGGAUUCCGAGGGCAUCGUCAAGAGGGGCAAGCCUGGAUUCCCGCUCUACGAGGUCACAUCAUUCACGACGAGCUCGACACUGUACAAGAUCGAGUUCUUCUUGAGUAUCAAGGCCCAAAUGAGCUCUGCUCGGGACAUAACUUUGCGGCAGCCGAUUGUCAUCUGCCCGAUGGACCAGCAAGCUUGUAAAGAGGAGAUGGACGCCAUCGAGCAGGCCGCCAAAGACGCAUCCCACGUCGAUCCGAACAACCCCAUGCUCCCCGCCAGGUCUAUCAUAGUUUCCACCGACAAGGACGCUCUCAAACACCUCGGGCUCUGCAACGUUGCAGGGCAAAAGAAGCCACUUAUCGAAUGAUAGAUCAAUCCCGGUCAGUGAACGACGUACCGUUUACGGGAACUUGAAGCUCAUUCUUGGGGCUACACCGCACCUUGUUCAGGCCAUGAGGGAAGGCUGACUUGGCAGCCCCACGACGGCUCUCCGAUCUCUGCGCAGAUGGGCCGCACUCGAAGUUACCCACGCCGGUCGGGCCGCAGGGCUUUGUAGUCCCGCGCUAUCCUGCCUCGUGGACGAUUGAGAGACCGUCGAACUAUGCCUGCCGAAGAAAAUAGACAAUGACCACUCCGGCCGGCCCUUCGCAUGCUGCCAGGUCGGCCCGGGUGCUUGCAUCCCACGCCCUACGCUUUCGGGCUCAGUCUUGCGCUACGGCAGUUUUGGUAGACGGGAGCCAGGGCAGCAACAAUGCCAAGGACAGGCUCAUCGGGGCUCAGAGAGCUUGGGAUUUGUGACAAAUCGAUUUUCACACAAGCCCAAAUGAGACCACGUAUUACGGCGUGCUCCCUCUCCUCGGCCAUGCACUGCGGAGGUCAAGGGCAGGACGAGGCGAGGGAGCGAGACGAGUUAAACUUCUGCGACGGCCGAAGACCGGAUCGAGAUAUUUAUUUACUUCAUUAAAACUUUAUUCUCAACGUUUAUAAGCAGCGUACCACGGCGGCAGGCACCACCCUGAGGAGUAACGUGCAUCCUGGCGCCUGGCGACCCGGCAGUUCAGGUCUAGGGCGGAAGGAUUAUUUGAAGGAGCGGGGCUGUUUUUGGGCAUUUCCGGCGCAGAGAUUUUACGAAUGACUGACGAACGAAUUCGAGGUGGACGAGGAGAGGAGGAGAGGAGGAGAGACAUAACCGCCGUCUAUGGCUACGCAGACGCACUGUACUUGGAUGGGAACGGCUGGAAUAUCACACGUUGGAUAGAAUUGAGCCAGCGCGCCAAGUGUCAAGUGGGACGAGGCCUCUUCCGCGUGCCUGGGGGCUGGUUUUCGCUGUUGCUGUUAUCAUCAUCAUCGAUGCUGUACCACAGCGCCUACGUGCGUGCUACACACACCGGGGGACAGCAUCAAACAUGGACUGUGCGGCACCAGUCCCCCUCCCUGACCUGAUCCUACCUUUUGGGAGUCUGUUCCCAGACGAAGGAAAGGGCACCCUAGGAAAGACGAUUAAUUCUAAGCCUGAAUGAUUAACCAAA